GAAAGCGACUCACUUUUUGAAUUGUUUGUGGCUGACACCGGCGAGGAAUGGCGGUAACAGUGAGGGGAGUCGGUGCUUGAAGAGGUGGACUUUCAAGGCGUUUUUUUUGAGAGUGUCAACGUAGAAGAGUACAAACAAUGGCUGACAAUAGUGUAUUAACAUCCACUACUGGAAGGACAAGCUUGGCAGACUCCUCUAUUUUUUAUUCUAAAGUUACUGAAAUUUCUAAGGAAAAUGUGCUUACUGGAUCUGCUUCAUAUGUUGAAGAAGAAAUGCCUCAAAUUGAAACGAGAGUAAUAUUGGCUCAAGAAGCUGGAAAACAUGAAGAACUUAUAAAAGCUUUAAAGACUAUUAAAAUAAUGGAAGUCCCUGUUAUAAAGAUAAGAGAAAGUUGUCCUGGAAAAUCGGAUGAAAAAUUAAUAAAAAGUGUUGUUAAUAUGGAAAUUAAAGUACCCUUUGUGAAGAUGGAAUCAGUGGAAGAAUUUGAAAGUUUGGAAUCUCCAGAAUUUGAAAAUGUAUUCAUAGUCAUGGAUUUCCAGGAUUCUGUUUUUAAUGACUUAUACAAGGCUGAUCAAAGAAUUAUUGGGCCACCAGUUAUCUUAAACUGUGCCCAAAAAGGAGAGCCUUUGCCAUUCUCAUGUCGUCCACUCUACUGUACAAGCAUGACGAACCUAGUACUGUGCUUUACUGGAUUCAGGAAGAAAGAAGAACUAGUCAGAUUGGUGACAUUGGUUCAUCACAUGGGUGGAGUUAUUCGAAAAGACUUUAAUUCAAAAGUUACACAUUUGGUGGCAAACUGUACACAAGGAGAAAAAUUCAGGAUUGCUGUGAGUCUGGGCACUCCAAUUAUGAAACCAGAAUGGAUUUAUAAAGCUUGGGAAAGGCGGAAUGAACAGGAUUUCUGUGCAUCAGUUGAUGACUUUAGAAAUGAAUUUAAAGUUCCUCCAUUUCAAGAUUGCAUUUUAAGUUUCCUGGGAUUUUCAGAUGAAGAAAAAACCAAUAUGGAAGAAAUGACUGAAAUGCAAGGAGGUAACUGUUUACCUGUUGGAGAUGAAAGAUGCACUCAUCUUAUAGUUGAAGAGAAUAUAGUAAAAGAACUUCCAUUUGAACCUUCGAAGAAACUUUAUGUUGUCAAGCAGGAGUGGUUCUGGGGAAGCAUUCAAAUGGAUGCCCGAGCUGGAGAAACUAUGUAUUUAUAUGAAAAGGCUAAUACUCCUGAGCUCAAGAAAUCAGUGUCACUGCUUUCUCUAAAUACCCCAAACAGCAAUCGGAAAAGACGUCGUUUAAAAGAGACACUUGCUCAGCUUUCAAGAGAGACAGACAUGUCACCUUUUCCUCCCCGUAAGCGCCCGUCAGCUGAACAUUCCCUUUCUAUAGGGUCACUCCUAGAUAUCUCCAACACACCAGAAUCUAGCAUUAACUAUGGAGAAACACCAAAGUCUUGUACUAAGUCUUCUAAAAAUUCCACUCCAGUUCCUUCAAAGCAGUCAGCCAGGUGGCAAGUUGCAAAAGAGCUUUAUCAAACUGAAAGUAAUUAUGUAAAUAUAUUGGCCACAAUCAUUCAGUUAUUUCAGGUACCAUUGGAAGAGGAAGGACAACGGGGUGGGCCUAUCCUUGCACCAGAAGAGAUUAAGACUAUUUUUGGUAGUAUCCCUGAUAUCUUUGACGUGCACACUAAGAUAAAGGAUGAUCUGGAAGACCUUAUUGUUAAUUGGGAUGAGAGCAAAAGCAUUGGUGACAUCUUUCUUAAAUAUUCAAAAGAUUUGGUAAAAACAUACCCUCCUUUUGUAAACUUCUUUGAAAUGAGCAAGGAAACAAUUAUUAAAUGUGAAAAACAGAAGCCAAGAUUUCAUGCUUUUCUCAAGCUUCAAAGAUUGGAUAGGAAAAAAAAAAGAUCGGGUGGGCGUGGUAUUGUGGAGCCAUCAGAUGGAAUAUGGCAUAGGGAACUUAACCUGGAUAAGAAUAGUCCAAAAAUGAAAAACCAUUUUAUUAUAACAGAUCUUAAGAAGCAUACAGCUGAAGAAAAUCCUGACAAAAGCACUCUAGAAAAAGCGAUUGGAUCACUAAAGGAAGUAAUGACCCAUAUUAAUGAGGAUAAGAGAAAAACAGAAGCCCAAAAGCAAAUAUUUGAUGUUGUUUAUGAAGUAGAUGGAUGCCCAGCUAAUCUUUUGUCUUCUCACCGAAGCUUAGUCCAGCGAGUUGAAACAAUUUCUCUAGGUGAACAUCCCUGUGAUAGAGGAGAGCAAGUGACUCUCUUUCUCUUCAACGAUUGCCUGGAGAUAGCAAGAAAACGACAUAAGGUGAUUGGCACUUUUAGGAGUCCUCAUGGCCAUACCCGACCCCCAGCUUCUCUUAAGCAUAUUCAUCUAAUGCCUCUUUCUCAAAUUAAGAAAGUGCUGGACAUAAGAGAAACAGAAGAUUGCCAUAAUGCUUUUGCCUUGCUUGUGAGGCCACCAACAGAGAGGGCAAAUGUAUUGCUCAGUUUCCAGAUGACAUCAGAGGAACUUCCAAAAGAGAACUGGCUAAAGAUGCUGUGUCGACAUGUAGCCAAUACCAUAUGUAAAGCAGAUGCUGAGAAUCUUAUUUACAGUGCUGAUCCAGAAUCCUUUGAAGUAAAUACUAAAGAUAUGGACAGUACAUUGAGCAGAGCAUCUAGAGCAAUAAAAAAGACUUCAAAAAAGGUUACAAGAGCAUUCUCUUUCUCCAAAACUCCAAAAAGAGCUCUGCGAAGGGCCCUUAUGACAUCCCAAAGCUCAGUGGAGGGAAGAAGUCCUUCCAGCAAUGACAAGCAUGUAAUGAGUCGUCUGUCUAGCACAUCAUCAUUAGCAAUUACCCAUUUUGUUUCCACAAGCAAUACAGUUGGAUUUACUAAGUAUGUUUAUGCACAGCGCUCAAACUCUACCACUGGGCGCUCUCAAAACUCCUGGUUUCGAUCUAUACGUCAUUCUGCCUCCCGAGCUAGCUUUUCAGAGAUACUAGAAGGAACUAUUGAUUUUUCAAAUUUCAAAAAAAUUCUAUCCACGUCAUCUUUGACAUUUGUGAAGAAUUAGGAGAUAUGCCAGCCAGUAAUGGAAACAAGCAAGCCUCAUGAAGUUUAAUGGUAUCCCAUCUCCCUCCCUUGUCAGCCUGCCUUCCUUCUUUGAAAGGAGAAGUCAUAC